AUGAACCCCAAGGAGACAUGGGCAAACAUCCGCCUACCCACCAAAUUACGCCCCAAGGAACUCGACCAAGCCACUCGAUUCCACUCCCGCUACGUACGAAUGCUGCUCGACCAGGACAACGUCUCCACAACAGACAACAUCCUCGCCGCCUUCUUCGUCUGGUUGCUGCUGGCCAGCUUCAUCGCGUUCCCCGGCACCUUCACCACCAUAAAGAAGUCUAUCGAGGACGGCGACAGUGGGAACAUCGCCAACAAGGCUGCCGAUACCUUGCUUAAGAGUGUCAGGAACAUACCGCUCCUAGCGCUGGCCGCCAUCAUGUGCUCCGCCUCUGUCCUUGGCAUGAUCAUCCUGUCCUUUCGCCACAAGAACAACUACAUCUGGGUUCUGAAUAAGCUCUUCCUUCCGGGCUUCGCCAAUUGUACAGCCGGUCUUAUCUCGACUUUGAUCGGUGUCUAUGCGCAGCAAAAGGGCGUCUGGAGCACUCCCGCCAAGGUCACCGCGAGCGUGGAAGGCUGCCUCGGGGCAGUCUGGGCCGGGAUCUGGUUCGGGGUCGAUCGCUUCCUUCUGAAAAAGAUCAAGGAAGAACAUCAUUCGCACUAUGGCGAGUGGGCCAAGGAACCCUAA